UCACUCCUUCAUGCGUUUUCCAAACACACUGGUGGUGGCGAAAUGUAUCGAACGGCGGCGAAGCGGUUGUUGGGCGGUGCAAGGUACUACUACAAUACCAACUAUGGCCUCCGAUGCCGGCCUCCUCAGAAGUUGGUACUCUCUUCGCGCUUUUUCACAUCAGAGCCUCAACCAUUUCCCGAUCCACACUCUAUCAACCGUGGCAUUCCCGUCGUCACAACCACCGAAACCCCUAACUCUUUAGAUUCAGCUUCUUCCAGUUCGUCAACGGAUGAAGAUGCCGCAAACCCUAAAGCCAACUACGAGGACCAACAAGCUCGCGUGCUUCAGGCCUCGCUCCCUUACGUCAUAAAGUUGGGAUGGACCGAAGCAGCUCUAAUUGCUGGAGCUAGGGAUGUUGGCCUUUCCCCUUCUAUAGUCGGAUCUUUGACCAGGAAGGAAGCUGCACUGGUCGAGUAUUUCAUGGAUGACUGCUUACAAAGACUUGUCGAUAAAAUUGAGUCUGAUGAGAGUUUAAAAAAUUUGACACCAAGUGAUUGCAUCUCUAAGCUUAUCAGAUUUCGAUUAGAAAUGCAAGCUCCAUAUAUAUCAACAUGGCCUCAUGCUCUUAGCAUUCAGGCGCAACCUGCAAAUGUUCCUACAAGUUUUAAGCAGAGAGCAGUUCUUGUGGAUGAGAUCUGGCAUGCUGCGGGUGAUAAGGCCUCUGACAUUGAUUGGUAUGCCAAGCGCACUAUCCUUGGAGGAAUAUACUCGACAACUGAGAUUUAUAUGCUGACAGAUAGCUCUCCUGAUUUCCGCGAUACGUGGGCUUUCUUGGAUGCUCGAGUGAAAGAUGCCUUUAAUAUAAAGAAAACCAUUCAAGAGGCACAGUCUUUGGCAGAAGCUGUCAGCGUCGGGCUGGGGAACUCCUUUCAAGGAUUUUUCGGGAAAGGUUUCCAGAGAUGAGUCAUGGCGGGAAGAUGUGCAGGUGGUAGGCACUUGUUCCUUGUUUCAUCAAACAAUGUUUCUGAGGCAUUGAUUCUCACUUGAAGGAGAUGCUAUAUUUACACUAAACUUACCACCUAAAAAAAAAGUUAUAUGUCAUGUACUUCAAAUUUAUAUGCCGCCUUGGGCCCUUCACUCAAGGCUUGAGUUCCAGGGUCGUCACUGCUCACAAAUUUUAGGCUUGUAAAUAAUCUCAUCAUUUCAUAAUUAAAGAAUCUCCUUUCUCACCCAAAGAACUUUGCUUAUUUCUGUGAACAUUAUUUAGGAAGUGUUUUGGCUGAUAAAUAAAAUUUCAUGUUCAAGAA